AUGAAUCUGAGGACAAGCAACCCCGGUAUUAGUGUUGAAGAUGAGGACUGGGUCUACAUUGCAAAUGGCUCUGGAAGGUCGACUCCGAGACUCCAGACCCCAGGGAAAGACCGUCUUCGCCGCAGCCCUCAGGCCAGCAAGGUCUGGAGAACGAAAAGGGUAACGAGCACGGGAAGAAUCGAACGGCAGUCGCGAAAAGCGAGGUCAUCAAUCAACCGGCGAGAAGAUGAAGCCUUCACUGCUAUAGUCGCUGCUGCGAUGAUUUCCUACAACCCCUUUCGCAAACCACUGGCCUCGCCAGAUGGGCGAUUCGCCAAAUACAUUCUCAUGCCGACUCGCCACCAGGAAACCACCGAUAUCGAUGACAGUGACGACCUCGUGCCGAUGGAUCACUGCCCCGAAUCACCAAUCGAGAGCCUACUGCCUCGCGAUCGCGAGGAUCCUUGUUCGUUCCGAACCAGACUGAUGGAUUCCCUAGUUGAUCCUGAGGUUGUGGACGUCAAUGUUGAGGCCGAGGCGAAAGCCAAAGCUGGGACUCGUCUUGCAUUUGAGAGCACCGACUUGCUCGAAAGCGAGGACGUCAAUUUUGACGAUUCGCAAUGUAUUUCGGUCGGCCGGACCAAGAACAAGCUGGGCGCAAUCUUCCCGACAUCCGUUAACAGCAUUGUCCGUCAGGAAAUCUCUGACAAGGUCAACAAUGACGAUGAUAAUGACGGUGAUGACGCCUCUUCACCGAUGGAAGAAAUGAACAUGCCUUUCUGGACCCUUCCCCCGCGGCAAAAGAAGCAGCGCGUUCACUACAACCGCCGCUCUAGCGACUCCGUCGAUAACAACGACGAGGAUGACGAGGGCGGCGACGACAUGUCCAUCAUCACCGAUAUCUCGUUAAUCCCCACCUACUUCCCGAGCGACGUCAUGCGCCAACAAUCCCACACCCACCCCUACACCUACAACAACAACAGCAACAACAACCACCACCAAAGAACCCUCUCCGACCGCACCCACCAGCACCGAGCCCUACUCAAGCGUGUCCUGCGCGGCCACACCUCCGCCGCCAAGCAGACCAUGCGCCGACUCAAGCGUUCAUGUCGCGACGCCGUAGAGAGCGUGUUUGUCCGCCACCACGGAGAUGCUAACAACAGCAACAACCUGUCGACCGCAACCACUAUGGGGGUCGGGUUGAUGGGAAGGGGAUGCCCGUGGGCUCCGACUUCGACGAGGUGCGUUGCUGUUGCUGUUGGGGCGGUUUAG